AUGUACUGUGACACCGAGAGCACUGUGCUGCUGGGAGCGGUCCUCUCGCUGUUGGCCGUUUACCCGACGGCGCUGACGGCCGGCGGCAGCGUCGGACUCAUCUCGGACACUCUCCUGGACGCCAGGCCCCACUGUGAGCGCGGACGGCAGGAGCUGUGGGCGGCCGCCGGCGCUCUGCUGGGCGCCUGGCUGGGCGCGUUCGUCAUCCCGCUGGACUGGGACCGCGACUGGCAGGUGUGGCCGGUGCCGUGCUGCGCCGGCGCUCAGUUGGGCUCCGCCGCCGGCCGUCUGCUCUGCGGCACCCGCCCCUCGCUCCGUGACGACAAGGCCCAGUGA